GCCGUUUUUUGGUGCACGGGCCCCCACAAUUGAGAUUAUGUAAGCGAUUGCUUUUAAAGUCAAGUAAAAAAAUUUCGCUGAGCUUUUUUGGUUCUUCGAAGAACAAAAAAUUGCAAAGAUUUUUCAUUCAAAGUCUUUCACUGCUCCGAGAUCAGUUAGAAACCACCGUCGAUAUAAUGCAUAGAGUCUUUUAUAACACCUUAUCCAGAUCAGCCAGUCCAGCCCGUUCUGCGUUUAGAUUGGCCAGAGCCAGUCCGGUCGCACCAAUGUCUGCCGCCACCAGAUGCAGAAUGAAUGGGAUUCGUUACAACUCUACCCAAGCCAAAGAAGAAAAGAAGGAAGAGGCCAAGGAAGAAACCAAUCCAGAACAAGGCAAAGAACAACCAGCCGAAGAACAAGAAGUCAAUGUCGAAGAGUUGGUUAAAAAAUUGGCCCAAAAGGAUAAAGAUUUGGCCGAUAUGAAGAAUCACUACGCUAGAGCAGUUGCUGAUUUCCGUAACUUACAAGAAUCAACCAAAAAAGAAGUUCAAAAGUCGAAGGAUUUUGCUUUGCAAAAAUUCGCUAAGGACUUAUUGGAAUCAGUUGAUAACUUUGGCUUGGCUUUAAAUGCUGUUAAAGAAGAAACCUUAUCUAGCAACGAAGAAGUUAAAAAUUUGUAUGAUGGGGUCAGCAUGACUAGAAACGUUUUUGAAAAAACCUUAGCCAAACACGGUAUUGAAAAAAUCGACCCAAUGGGUGAAACUUUUGAUCCAAAUCAACACGAAGCCACUUUUGAAAUUCCUCAACCCGAUAAAGAACCUGGUACUGUUUUCCACGUCCAACAACCAGGUUACACUUUGAACUCAAGAGUCUUGAGACCGGCCAAGGUUGGUCUUGUCAAAGAUACCGAAAACAACUAGGUCUUUUGAUGUCAUUAAUCUGUAAAUACUAAUUUUCCCUCCAAUUUUUUUUUGCAAUCAUGAUUUUUUUCUGCCCACAUACAUGCAUGUUAAUGAUUUUUUCUUUUAUCGUCUCUUUUGUUUCACGCUUCUUUCUUGUAUAUAUAAUUAGGUCGUUCCGAUCUUGGUCCU